AUGAGACUGACAAAGGAUAAAGCUACCAAGGUUCCUGUGUGGGCUAAAUUCUUCAAUGUCCCUUUCGAGUAUUGGGACAGUGAUAGUUUAAGCCAUAUCGCAAGUGCUGUAGGUGUUCCUUUAUUUAUGGACCAACUCACAGAACAGGGUAGUAAGGUGUCCUUCGCUAGGGUUUGUGUCGAGAUAGAAGCAACAUCCAACUUACCAGCGAUGUUCAAAGUGAACUGUGAAGGUGUAGAUGCUGUCAUCAAGGUUGAAUAUCAAGGCUUACCCCCCAAAUGUGAGCACUGCAUUGCUUUUGGGCAUGAUACAUCCAGAUGUGUGAAAACCCAAGUUGCUGCUUUAAUCAACCUCCAAAAAGAAAUUGAAAAUAAUCUGGAUCCUGGUUGGGAAACUGUCAUGGCUAAGGGUAAGAGGAAGGUGGGUGUUCCAGAUCCUCCUACAAAGUCAGUAAACCAAGAGGUGCCUCAGGAGGAUGGUUUGCAUAAGCUUGCGGAGGGGCAAAGUCAACAAGAAGUGCUAGUUCAGGUGGAGCCUGGGGAGAAGAUUUCUGACCAAACUCACAGUGAUGAGUUGAGCACAAGGGGUGGAGAGUUAAAGGAAAGUAAGAUGGAUGGACUGGAGGCUUUACAGAAGGAAUUAGUUGAAAUUACAAGCUUUGCCCUUCCACAUGAUACAGAUCUGCUGGCUAGAGUGGAGAAACUAGUGGGAUCGACCCCAAGCAGUACUCAAACUGACAAACAAGCCCAAACUGGCUCUAAUGUAAAAGGUAACUCCUCUGGCAAAGGCAACAAAAGCCAAAGGAAGAAGCACAGGUAA